UACGAAUUACUAUCCAAGCGUCAAAUUGACGUUGAUGAAACUGUUACCCGCCAUUUGACAAAUCAAGAAACUGAAAAAGAAUAGAAGUAGCUAAAGCAGUUUCAGCGAGUUAGAAUUAGUCUGCACAACAGAUAAACAAUCUACGUUUCGGAUAGUUCCUGCUCAGACAAAACUAAAUAACUGUUCCUGUUACUUGUCAAGAAGACACAGUUCCUGAACGAUGGUGGAUAAAACGAGCAAGACAACAGAAUACAAGUACACAAACCUCGAUGAAAUACAGGCAAACAAAAUUGUCAACGUGUUUGGUGUUGUCAAAUUCGCAAGACCUCCAACAAAGACAAGAGGGUCAGAUUACAGUAUGGUUUUGAGUGUUAUAGAUCCAUCACUACACGAAAAUGGCCAGAAGUUGAAAUGUGUGUUGUUCAACCGAGAGAAAGAAAAACUGCCUUUCCUUGAUGUUGGUAAAAUUGUCAGGCUGCAUCGUCUGAAGAUUACACAUUACCAUGAGGAGAAUCAGGGACAGAGCGGACCGGGAUUCUCAUGGCUGGCCUUCGAUGGAGACAAGGGAUCUCCAGUUAGGCCGGUGUCAUCUAGUGCUAGUUUCACCUUCACAGAAAGUGACAAAGCCAAGGUGGAGGAACUGCGGGAAUGGGUUGCUACUCUGGAAGACCUGCAACAUCCCAAUAAAAUCUGUUUUGCUGACAUGAUACCUCAACAUUACUAUGAUAUUUACUGUCAGGUUCUGGCUACAUGUGUUAUAGAGGAAAAUGUGGGCUUCCUGCUGCGUGUUUGGGAUGGAACUAAACCUAACAAUCCCCUACGAGAGUUUGAUAUUUCUUCAGGAGACUUUACUGCUGACAGGAAGCAAGAUCUCUUGGAUAUGGCGGGAAAUCUGGCACUUGAUGUGGCAUUGUACGAUGAUCAUUACGCACCAGCUAAAGCAAUCAAGCCAGGUCAGUAUAUAAAAUUAAACAACCUCCAUGCUGCAACGUUCCAGUCAGCGGACACCAGGCCAGAACUGUCCGAGUUACCGAUGGUAGAGCUUGUCAUUCACAGAGGCACAACUUAUGGUAGAGGUGUUCAUGUGAUAAGUGAUGACUUUGAUGGUAUUAAAACUCUAAAAGAAAGGUUGGAGAAAGUUUCAGCUGAAGUCAGACAGAAAGGAGUUUCUGUAGCACCAACACAUUCUAUGAAUAACAAUGCAAGAUUAAAUGAUUCAGAAAACUGUGUUGAAAACAAUACUGACAUAUCGACUAGUCAACCUUCAAUAAACUUGUCUUGUUAUGAUGGCAGUCAGGAAAGAAAUCAGUCACAGGAAGUAGCAAUGGAGGUAUCAUGUGAUCAUGUUAUCCAAUCACAACCUCAGAAGGGUUUAAAACAAGUCCAGAUCCACCAAUCAGUUUCACAGCAGUCACAGAGUACAGCUCGAUGUAUGUUACAGACAUCUACAGUCGUUCUGAAUCAUCCUCACAUACAGUGUUCUAAGAUUCAGGAUAUUCUGACUCACAGAGUGCCGUACAAAUUUAGGAUUCUCGCGAAAGUGGUUGACUACUACCCGAGAUUUAACAGACCAGCAGACAUUUGUAAACUAUACUGCACGGAUUGCCAUUAUCUAUGUGAUGUUCCAGUAAACGAUAAUGGGACCCAAAUCUUGAAGGUCAGCAGAAACAGCAGGCACUUGAAACAUUACCUGUGUCCUGUCUGUAAUAAAGAUUCGCAGUGUGAAUUGGAGUAUAUCUAUAUGAUGCGAUUUCUUUUGAGGGACAAAACUGGAGAAAUAGUAGCCAAUAUUUGGAGGAAGGAUGCGGUGACGUUUUUCCAAGAUAUCACCCCUGCUGAAAUGUUAACAGAGUCUGCCUUGUGCAAUGUGAUAGAAAACAGUCUGAACACAAUCUCCAAUCCUAAAUCCAGUUACUAUGCUUGGUUUGAGUGCUGUGUUAAAUCAUAUGAUACAGAAGAGGGAAUUCGCUACCAAAUUUUUGAUACUUGUUUUGCAUGAUAUUGAGAUAUGAAAAUUAAACAGGAAGUGGUACUACA